GGUAAUUAUCCUAUUGCGUUCAAAGUAAUCAGAUGUGUUCCGAAUAAGGAGAAAAAAAUAUGGCGAUGUUGAAGCAACAGGGCCAAUCACAAUUUGAAGAAAGAUGGCCUACGAUGCGACCCACAGCACUCAAGUUGCUACGACAGGAGCCUGUUACAAAAGCAGAGUGGCAAGACCUGUUCUGUGCUGUGCAUUCUGUCUGCCUUUGGGAUGACAAAGGACCCCAGAAAAUGUACAAAGCUUUACAAGAUGAUAUUCUAGACUUCAUCAGACAUGCUCAAGCAAGGGUAUUACAGCAUCAAGAGGAUUCCUCUUUAUUGAAAGCAUACAUAGCUGAAUGGGGAAAAUUUUUCACCCAGUGUGAUUAUCUUCCAAAACCAUUCAUGCAGCUAGUGACAUCACUGGCAGGGAAACCCCACGGAAGUGUCCAGCAAAAAAAGACGCAGGGAGAAGAAAGUCUUGUCAGAAAGCUGAUGCUGGACAGCUGGAAUGAAAGCAUCUUCUCUAACAUUAAGCAACGAUUACAGGACAGUGCCAUGAAACUUAUUUAUGCAGAAAGAAACGGAGAAGCAUUUGAUUCUCAGCUUGUUAUAGGAGUCAGAGAGUCUUAUGUAAACCUGAGCUCAGAUGUAGAAGACAAGUUAAAAAUUUACAGAGAAAACUUUGAAAAGGCAUAUUUAGAAGCCACAGAAAAAUUCUACAAGUUGAAAGCCCCUCUUUACUUAGAAGCUAAUGGUGUACAGAAUUACAUGAGGUAUGCGGACUGUAAACUCAAGGAAGAGGAAACCAGAGCAUUACGUUAUUUAGAAACAGGAUGGGGGUGUAACUCUGUCGCUACACUGACUGAGUGUUGUGUUAAUGUGCUGGUUACCGCAUUCAAAGAAACAAUUCUCAAAGAAUGUGCCUCAAUGAUCAAAAAUAAUGAAACAGAAAAGCUGCGUCUUAUGUUUAGCCUGAUGGACAGAGUGCCAGAUGGCAUUACUCCAAUGUUACACGAUCUGGAGGCUUACAUUGUCAGUCAGGGUCUGGCAGAUAUGAUAGCCGCUGCUGAAACCAUUACCACAGACUCUGAGAAGUAUGUAGAGCAACUACUGGAGUUGUUUAACAGAUUCAGUACUUUAGUCUUUGAUGCUUUUAAUGAUGACCCCAGAUUUCUUACUUCUAGAGAUAAGGCAUAUAAAAAUGUUGUAAAUGAUACAUCAGUUUUCAAAUUAGAAAUUCCAAUGAAAAAUAAAGGCAUUGGUGCCAAAACUCAGCCAGAGUCUAAAUGUCCUGAACUUUUGGCAAACUACUGUGAUAUGUUAUUAAGAAAGACCCCACUCAGCAAGAAACUGACCUCAGAGGAGGUGGAAAAAAAAUUAAGAGAUGUGCUUCUGGUGUUAAAGUAUGUACAGAAUAAAGAUGUUUUUAUGCGGUACCAUAAGGCUCACUUAACAAGGAGGCUUAUAUUAGACACCUCAGCUGACAAUGAGAAGGAGGAAAAUAUGGUGGAAUGGUUAAGGGAAGUUGGUAUGCCAGCUGAUUAUGUGAACAAACUGGCCAGGAUGUUCCAGGAUAUCAAAGUCAGUGAUGAUCUCAACCAGGAAUUUAAAGAUGCCCAUCGGAAUAAUAAUGAGGGCAUAGCAGAUUCAAUCAACAUAAAGAUACUGAAUGCUGGAGCCUGGGCCCGGUCGAGUGACCGUGUCACUGUGUCACUGCCAAUGGAACUGGAGGACUAUAUACCACAAGUGGAGGAGUUCUACCGACAAAAACACAGUGGCCGCAAGUUACAGUGGCACCAUCUCAUGUCUAACGGAAUCAUAACGUUUGGCAAUGAUAUAGGUCGGUUUGACCUAGAAGUAACAACUUUUCAAAUGGCCGUGUUGUUUGCGUGGAACCAGAGGCCUAAGGAUAGGAUAUCGUAUGAGAGUCUGAAGUUAGCCACCGAGUUACCAGACACUGAACUCAGGAGAACUCUCUGGUCACUUAUAGCUUUUCCAAAGAUUAAACGUCAGCUUUUACUAUGUGAACCUGAUGCCAAGUCAGCCAAAGAUUUCAAUGAUGCCACUCAAUUCUGGGUUAACCAAGAAUUUGCACUCAUUAAAAAUGGAAAAGUCCAGAAGAGAGGCAAAAUUAAUCUAGUGGGUCGGUUACAGCUUUCUACUGAAAAAAGCAAGGAGGAAGAUAAUGAAGGAAUAAUGCAGUUGAGGAUCCUUCGUGUUCAGGAGGCCAUUGUUAAAAUCAUGAAGAUGAGGAAGAGGAUCACAAAUGCAGCUCUGCAAACAGAACUCGUAGAAAUAUUGCGCAAUAUGUUCCUUCCAUCUAAAAAACUAAUCAAAGAGCAAAUAGAGUGGCUCAUAGAACACAAAUACAUGAAAAGAGACGAGGAAAAUAUUAACAUGUUCAUAUACAUGGCUUAAUUGUGAUACAUGUGUAUUUAGGAAUUCCAGAGAAGUGCAAAAUAGGUUUUACUGUAGAGCAUGACAGUUCAGGUGUAUGCUGUUGAUAUGCUGCUGUAGUCAAUGCUUUUAGAGCAGGCAUUGGUCCAUUUUCUGAAGGCACAGCACGAGUUUCCAGCAUUUAACAGUGAAUUUUGUCCACCUCACUCAGUUUUUUCCUCUUCCUUUAAAUAUUUAAAGAUCUGACACUUAACAAUUGUAUUUUUUGGAAAAUUUAACAUUUUUACAUCUUUAUUUUGUAACAAAUUUGUACACUUUAUCAAACUUAGUUAAAAGCAUUUCUUCUUGUAAUUUUUGGAAAAUUUCUAUCGGAAUGUUGAUUUGUAGGAAAUAUCUCUUUCAUAGCAGAAAUUUUAAGUGUAUGUGAGUACAUGUAUGGGAGAAUGAGCAGUACUUCAUAUGUGUAAUACUGAGUAUGUGUAAACAAUCUGAACUCCAUUUUUUUUAGAGAUUGAUGAGCAGUGUGCUAUAUUCUGAGGGCUUUCACAGGUACACUGAUGGCAUGAUUUUUUUCCAUCAAUCCUUUUUUUUUAUCAAUAUCAAUUUGUGUGAAUCAUCUGAAUGUACAGUAAGUCUUCUGGUUAAUGAACAUGUAUUUGUUUGAUAACUAUCGAUCGUAAACAAUCGUGUGUCUAUUUUGUUAUAAAUAUUUAACAAUAAUGAAUAUUCAGAUGUACUAGCUUUGCUAUUCAGUUUAAGAACUGAAAAUUUUCUCUUCCUAAGCCAAGUAAUGGCCAAAUUGCAGUUGUUCAAAUGAUUUACAUGACUGAUUCCCUAAAAGUUAUGUUAUAUUUGGCAUUACUUGUAUGUGUACCAUGAUUUAAAAAAAUGCAGAUCGUAAAUAUUCCACUUAUUAGUGUGAUAUUGAUGGUGAUCUGUUAAGUCCUCUAAGUGAUAAAGGAUUCAUUUGAUCUUGUUAGCUUGUAAGAUAUCCACCUUUCAGAGAUUUUUAGCUCACCUUAUUUGAUGCUACACCCCCUGUGUUUGCAUCCCGGUUAAAGUUUUAGGAGCAAAGUUUGUUCCUCAUUAACUUCAAGCCCUACUUAGACCAAACUUGCAAGGAUGAUGCAUCUAGGGAUGCACACUACCAGAAAUGCUUUGGAUGCUGGAUUUGACCUACAUUUUUUUGGAUGAGAGACCAGGUUCAAGUUUUUGAAGCAGGUCCAUUCCCAUGUAACUAUAAGCCCUACCUGGACCAAACUUGCAUGGAUGAUGCGUCUAGGGAUGCACACUACAGACAUCCUUUGGAUGUUGGAUCUGACCUACAUUUUCCAGAUGAAUGAACAGGUUAAAGUUUUAGGUCUGGUUCAUACCCAAGUAACUAUAAGCCCAAUUGUGACUGAACUUGUCUGAAUUGAUCAUAUCAGUUUCUUGUGAUGUGCACUACCAGAUAACAUUGGAAGCUGGAUCUGACCUACAUUUACAGGAUUAUUGUACAGUUAAAGUUUUUGGAGCAGAUUCAAUUUCAAGUAUCUAUAGAUCCUACUUGGACCAAACUUGUGUAGAUAUUGUAUCUAUGGUUGCACAUUACCAGAACAUUGUUAUGCGAGACUCAGUUUAACUCAUUGAUAAUAUUCAUCGAGGUGAGCUUUGUAAUCUUUGAUUACCUGUUUUCAUGAUGAAGUUAAUAUUAAUGAACAAAUACAUAAAUAUUCAUUUGAUUGUAAACCCCACUACACACUCAGCUGUUAAUGUGUUAUCAUCCAUUUCACUCUGUUUACUCUCUACCUCUGACAGAUGGUUUUUAUCUUUGAACGUACCCCUGCAAAACCCUGCUGUAGGUUUUUACCUUAUACCUAGUGGCAAUUUUAAUUUGUAUUAAAAGUUAUCCAUUUAUUAAAUUUGUUUUGCCCCAUUAAUAUAAGACUAUUGCUUAAUUAGCUCUGCUCAUAAUUUAGGAGGAUAAUUCAUUAAUGAUACAAAAUGGGAGCAAAAAUUACCCAGUACAAAAAAUACAAAAUGUAAUUUACAUUAUUCAUGCUUAAAGUGAAUAUUUGAACAGUGAUUUUUGGUCUCUUUAUCGUUUGGAAAGAUAUGUGUUUUAAUGUAUACAAUAUAUGUACUAUUAAAGUAUAUCAAUCAGAAUAAUUGGACAAAGACCUUUUUGUUUUAAAAAAAAAAAAUCGUAAUUUUUUCUACCUUCAUUUAAUACAUGUAAGUAAUGAAAGAAAAGUCCAGUAGACCUGUUCUGGGAAUUUUGUGCACUGCAAAUUAAAUUAUUUGUGCUUGAGUUUAAUUCAUGACAGAAGUAAAGAGUGGUGUGUUAUAUAUGUAUGAUGUAUACAAGAUUAUAUGUGUAUGUAAAUGAAUGAGCUGUUUCAAAAUAUGUGAAGUAUUAAAAACAAAUUUUGUGUAAUAAACCCCAAAAUUAAGACAAA